UUGUUUUGUAUUUAGUCUCCGAUCGUUCUCGCUAGAACUCACAUCAUGACCGUAGAAGAGCCGCAGAUUGUGGCCAUUAGUGUCAGCCACAAACAACAAGUGGGUUACCUAAAAGAGGAGUCCACCUGGAUACAUUGUCCUUCGUGCGAGAAGUCUGGAUCGAGUGUGGUACAAUUGGAGGUGGUUACCUGCCUGCAGAUAUUCCUGCGGUUCACAAAACUUUGUAAAAAAUGGCAGGGCCGCCAGGAUAUUAACCACUAUUGUUCACACUGCGGCUGCUUUAUUGGAAGAUUUGUGCCCAUCAGCUGCAUGGAACGGUGUUUGUCAAGAUCAGCUCGUAAGCAGGCGGCCGUGGAUGAUAUGACCUUAAAAACACGUCCCAAGGAUUGCGCUGAAAAGGCCCAGAAAUCCAGGGAGAAAGUCCUGGCCAACAGAGAAAAGAAAAGGGCAGAAAAGGCGGCUAAGGAACUGGAUAAAUCUCAAACCCAAAUAGCAGUUCACCAAUAAUCAAUUGGUUUAUUUAAAACAUCUAAACUACGAAUUACACGCGAAUAUGUAUAAAAACAUUGAAGUUAUUAUAAUUUUCAACUCAAUUAUUCGAUCGUUUCUAUGGCAGCUAUAUAUACCCGCUAUAUAUUACCCAACUGUAACAUAAAUGUUAUAUUUUAUUUAUAUUUUGCAUGUGGAAUUUGGUAAAUUAAAAAAAGAUUUAAUGUUAUGAA